CAAAGCUUGACACACCGUAGAUUUCUCCUCUACGAUUUGGAUUUCAAGAGAUUCAACUUAGUCUUUUGUCUUGGUAGACAUCAAAUAAAUGCUGCCAUCUACUUCAGCUACAAAUUUUUAUGUGAACGUUGGUUAAUCUGGGUCCCACAUGAUGGCUCGUCCCGAUCAGCCCCUUUGGGUAUCUGCAUCUUUUUGAUUCGCUUAUACUAUUAAUCGAAAUUUGAGAUAAUUGUAAAUAUGAAAAAUAAAUCAAAAGUAGCUCAUAAGGCAACUUCGAUAUUGAGAAAUUCUAUCCAAUCAACAUUUGUUAGGAUACUCGUUAGUCGAAUUUAAUCAUGCAUAUAACUGAUAAGAAGACACAAAAUUAUUUUGCAUGGUAUAUUUCAAUAGAUUAAAUAUCUAAUUUGUAAGAAUUGUUUACUUCAAAUCUUUUUUAUGCUCAAGAAAUCUUUAAUCCACGUUAUCACCGUAAUUAUACAGCCCAGUCGAUCCCCUUUAAAUAUCACAAUGACAACCUCUGUGAGAGAUCAAAUCGUAGUACCUCAAUCGUUCCUCGCAUCGCGGCGCGGAGUCGCGGCUUCCCAAAACCCCCCACCUCUCGUUCAUCAUCUCUGCCUUCAUAAAACCCUAACGUCCGAUCGCUCCUUCCUUCUUCAUUCUCAUCCCCAAUCGCCCGAUUUCUCUUCUCUUCCAAGGAUUUCUUACGGAGGAACGACCGGCAGGCGCAAUCUUCUUCGAGAACGACCCGCCAGAAACCUCUUACUUCUAGGGUUCAUCGGACGCCGGGGGGGCUUUUCCCUGUUGGAUUGUGCUCAUUGGGACCGUGCUCACAUCUCUAGGUUUGGAUUUCCUGUGGUCAACGCUGGCGGAGCCCACUGUCGGUUGAUGGCCGAUCGCCGCCGCUUGUCAGCUGUGGUGUUAGGGUUUUUUGAGCUUGGGUGGGAGGGAUUUGACGUCAGAGAGGUAUGCUGACCGUGUUACGGGUUCAUCUCCCGUCGGAGGUCCCCAUCGUUGGCUGCGAGAUUGCGCCGUAUGUUCUUUUGCGCCGACCGGAUGGUUCCGUCUCGAUCGACGAGGUACCCGAGCCUGCUCCGCUGAUUGGCUACUGCAUGAAGUACAAGUGGUACCGGAAUCAAGGUGAUCAAAAAGUUGCUAUAUGCAGUGUACAUCCGACUGAGCAAGCAACUCUGCAGUGCCUGGUCUGUCUUAAGGAGAAAGUACCUAUUACCAAGAGUUACCAUUGUACUCCUAGGUGUUUGUCUGAUGCUUGGCAGCACCAUCGUUCAUUGCAUGACCGAGCAAAGAAAACGGCAAAAGAAAAUGGAGCCGAAGAGGAAGAGUUGUUUGGACGCUUUAAUAGUAAUAAUGGUUCAAUUUCUAUGUAUCCUACAGCUGUUGCUGAAAAAACUGGAGAAGCCUGGUCUGAAGUUGGGUUUUCUAGGACAUAUACACCAACAUCUGAUGAUAUUAAUCAUGUUCUUAAGUUUGAAUGUGUAGCAAUAGAUGUGGAGACAAGAAAACAUGUUGGAAAUGUAAAUGCCAUUUUGACAGCACGUGUAAUUCCAGCCCCCUCUCCUACUCCACGUCACAUGAUUCCAGUGAAUGUAGCCCUCUCGGGGCAAUUGAAUCUAGAUGGUCGAAUAGCUUCAGGGACUUUCUCGGUGCUUUCAUACAACAUUCUCUCUGAUGCAUAUGCCACAAAUGAGGUGUAUAGCUACUGCCCAACUUGGGCACUUUCAUGGCCUUACCGCAGGCAAAACUUGUUGCGAGAAAUUAUUGGCUACCAAGCUGACAUAGUCUGUCUUCAGGAGGUUCAAAGUGACCAUUUUGAGGAAUUCUUUGCUCCAGAACUUGAUAAACAUGGGUAUCAAGCACUAUACAAGAAAAAGACUUCAGAGGUUUAUAGUGGCAAUCCAAAUACUCUUGAUGGUUGUGCUACAUUUUUCCGCAGGGACAGGUUUUCACAUGUCAAAAAAUAUGAGGUUGAGUUCAACAAGGCUGCACAGUCUUCAUCAGCUGGUCAGAAGAAAGUUGCUCUGAGUCGUCUGAUAAAGGAUAAUAUUGCCCUUAUUGUGGUUUUAGAAGCAAAAUUUACGAGCCGUGUCUCUGGUAAUCCUGGAAAAAGACAGCUAAUUUGUGUGGCAAAUACGCAUGUAAAUGUUCAUCAUGAACAUAAGGAUGUUAAACUUUGGCAGGUUCAUACUCUUUUAAAAGGAUUGGAGAAAAUUGCUGUAAGUGCAGAUAUUCCAAUGUUGGUCUGUGGAGAUUUUAACUCUGUCCCAGGGAGUGCUCCUCACGCACUUCUUGCAAAUGGCAAAGUUGGAACGUUGCAUCCAGAUUUGGCUGUAGAUCCCCUUGGGAUUUUGCGCUCUACAAACAAUUUAACUCACCAGCUUCCAUUGGUCAGCGCAUACUCAUCAUUUGCAAGAAUGGCUGGAGUCACUCCUGGUUUAGAGCAACAAAGGAGGAGGAUGGAUGCCUUGACACUCGAACCUUUGUUCACAAAUUGCUCCAGGGAUUUUGUUGGGACUGUCGACUACAUAUUCUACACAGCGGAUUCUCUAUUUGUGGAAUCUGUAUUAGAGCUCUUGGAUGAGGAAAAUUUGCGGAAGCACACUGCAAUACCUUCCCCUGAGUGGUCAUCUGAUCAUAUAGCGCUUCUAGCUGAAUUUCGCUGCAAGCCUAGAAUUAGAUGUUGAAACUAGUGGUUAAGCGAUGAGGAGGCUAUAAAGUCAAGUCAAUUCAGGUUUUGAAACAUUGUACAUAUUAAUAUAGAGGGAAUUAUUGGUGAUAGAAUUGAAGAUAUAGCGACCAGACUCUUACUAAUUUAUCAUUGAUAUAGAAAACUAUAUUGAAGAUGUAAAGUGAGCUAUAAAUGAGAGUUUUUUUUCCUCU